CCUGUGAUGCAAUCUGCCCACUAGAGGGCUGCGAGUCCUGACCAGGGGUAGCCUAUAAAUGCUGGGCCCACACAGCACUGUCAAACCCCUCUGUGUGACUUCUCGGCUUGGACAGACCCCAGGAACAUAGAGGACAAAAUGUCGUCACUGAUGGAAUGCAGCUUUGAGACCAUCAUUAACAUAUUCCACCAGUACUCCGUGCGCCUGGGGCACCCUGACAGGCUGAACCAGAGAGAGUUCAAACAGCUGGUGAAAAAGGAGCUGCCCAACUUCCUCAAGAAGCAGAAGAGGAAUGAGGCAGCCAUCAACAAGAUCAUGGUGGAGCUGGACACAGAUGGAGACAAGGACCUGACCUUCGAGGAGUUCGCCGUCCUGAUUGGCAGGCUGACGGCGGCGUCCCACGAGGAGAUGCACAGGACCGCGCCCCCAGGGGAAGGCCACAGCCACGGGCCAGGUUUCGGGGAGAGCACUGGCACGUGCCAAAGCCAAGGUGGCCCCGGCCAAACCCAAGAUGGCCACGGCCAUGGCCACAGCCAUGGUGGCCACGGCCAUAGCCACAACCACUAAUCAGGAGGCCAGGCCACGCUGUCCCUGCCCAUCUAGGGCCCCAGGGCUGCAUGCCACAUCGCCUCAGCUGCGGGGCUGGGGACAGGGGUGAAAUAAAGUGUUCCUCCAAGCCA